ACAGAGACUAUUAGCUGCAGCAGGAAGAGGAGGAGAUUUUUGUUUUUUUUUAAAUCUUAUUCCCAGUUUAAUUUUUCCCUCCCUUUUCGCCUGUAACCAGUUGCAGGGCUGAUGGUAUUCUUUCCAUUUUAUUGUUUUGCUUUGGGUUAAAAGAGGAAGAGAGGAGGAAAAAUGUGGAUUCAAGUGCGGACUAUCGACGGCAAGCAAACCCGCUGCAUUGACGAUCUAUCCAGAUUGACCAAAAUUGAGUCGCUGAGGUUAAAGAUCCAAGAGAGCUUCAAUGUGAACCCGGAGUGUCAGCGUCUGUUUUACAGAGGCAAGCAGUUAGAAGAUGGCCACAGUCUCUUUGAUUACAACGUGGGACUGAAUGAUAUCAUCCAACUUCUGAUCCGUCAGCAAGCUUCCUCCACUGUGAAGAAAAAGGAAAAGGAGAUUGAGCUCUCAGAUAGUGACUCUGGAUGUAGCUCAUCACAGAGUGAGUGUGAAAAAACCUCUUCUAGUGCAGGAAACAGCAAGAAAAAUCGUCCUGGCACAUCAACUCGAUCAUUUCUCAUAGAUCCGGGUUUUGGAUUAUAUAAGAUAAACGAAUUGGUGGAUGCUCGUGAUGUGGUCAUUGGAGCCUGGUUUGAAGCUCACAUUGUAAAUGUAACAAGGAAAACUAAGACUAAUGACUCGGAAGGUGCCAAUGGAAAUGAAAGGACAGGAGCAUGUGCUCAAUAUGUUAAAGAUCCCUUGGACCAAGAUCAGUCACAGCACUGUAAUGGGGUCACUUCAAAUAAUUUGGACUGUACGCCAUCUACGUCUAACGUGGAUUCUGCAGACAAUGAUAUUAUAUAUCAUAUCAAAUAUGAUGAUUAUCCAGAAAAUGGAAUAGUGACAAUGUGUGCGGAAAAUGUUCGGCCAAGAGCAAGGACUAUUUUGAAAUGGAAUGAGCUUCGAAUAGGACAAGUUGUGAUGGUGAAUUACAAUUUAGAAUUACCAGAGGAACGUGGUUUCUGGUUUGACGCAGAAAUUACCACUUUGAAGGAGACAUCAAGGACAAAUAAAGAAAUCUUUGUUAAAAUUCUUUUGGGAGGCCCAUUAGAUGUAAUGGCUGAUUGCAAGGUAGUGUUUUUCGAUGAAAUAUACAAGAUUGAAGAAACUGGAGCUGAGCCAAUUACACAUGCCGAUGGCCAGUUUAAAAGGAAGAGUGGACCUGAAUGUAAACACUGCAAGGCAGAUCCUGAUAGAGAAUGCAGAUUCUGUGCCUGUCGAUUAUGUGGUGGGAAGCAGGAUCCAGAUAUGCAGCUGUUGUGUGACGAGUGUAACAUGGCGUAUCACACAUACUGCUUGAACCCACCCCUCAGCCACAUACCAGAAGAUGAAGACUGGUAUUGCCCCUCCUGUAAAAAUGAUACAAGCGAAGUUGUCCGAGCAGGAGAAAAACUUAAAGAAAGUAAAAAGAAGGCCAAGAUGCCCUCUGCCAGCACUGCAAGUCAGAGAGACUGGGGCAAGGGUAUGGCCUGUGUUGGUCGCACAAAGGAAUGCACAAUAGUUCCUUCUAACCAUUAUGGUCCCAUACCUGGAACUCCUGUUGGUACAAUGUGGAAGUUCAGAGUUCAGGUGAGUGAAGCAGGUGUUCACAGGCCACAUGUCGGAGGGAUUCAUGGACGGAGCAAUGAUGGAGCCUACUCCCUGGUGCUCGCUGGAGGCUUUGAGGAUGAAGUGGAUCGAGGCAAUGAAUUUACAUACACUGGAAGCGGUGGGCGAGACCUUUCUGGAAAUAAGAGAAUUGGGGAGCAAUCAUAUGAUCAGACUCUCACCAACAUGAACAGGGCACUGGCUCUUAAUUGUGACGCUGUGCUGAACGAUGAGGUUGGAGCAGAAGCCAAAGACUGGAAGGCUGGGAAAUCGGUUCGGGUGGUCCGCAGUUCAAAAGGACGGAAAGUCAGCAAAUAUGCACCUGAAGAGGGCAACAGAUAUGAUGGGAUUUACAAGGUGGUAAAAUACUGGCCUGAAAUUGGGAAGUCUGGUUUCCUGGUCUGGCGCUAUCUCCUGCGACGUGAUGACGUAGAACCUGCUCCAUGGACCCCAGAAGGAAAGGAUAGAACAAAGAAACUGGGCUUGAAAAUACAGUAUCCUGAAGGAUACCUGGAAGCUAUGGCAAAUAAGGCAAAAAAGGGCAAAAAACAGGAACCCACUUCGAUGGUGAACAAUUGUGGUAGAACAUCUCAGAAGAGGCAGCGAAAAACUGCUGCUUCUGCUACAAUGACUGCACCACCACCAAAGACUGUAAAGGUCGCCCAGGAUGAUGCUGAAGGAGAAGCGUACCAGCUGACUCCGCACCAACGAUGGCUGAUCAGUGAGGACUACUUAAACAAGAAACUUUGGGAUGAGGCACUUGCUUCUAUUAUGGAAGGACCGAAAUUCUUAAGAAAAACCGAACAGAUCUUCAUGUGUAUUUGCUGCCAGGAAUUGGUCUUCCAGCCAAUCACAACAGAAUGCCAGCACAACGUCUGCAAGAGUUGUCUGCAGCGAUCAUUCCGUGCCCAAGUCUACACUUGCCCUGCUUGCCGCCAUGAGCUUGGAAAGGAUUACAACAUGGUUCCCAACAAGAUUCUUCAAUCCAUCCUGGACCAGUUCUUCCCAGGAUAUAGCAAAGGACGAUGACAUUUGUUCGUGUAAUCUGACUCCCAUCUGCAUACAAUUUUACAGGAGGAGGAAUUUAAAAAUAAAACAAGGAAGGACCAACAGGCCUGGACAUUAAAUAACCUGAGGACCAUCACUCCAGAACCACUAAUGUUUUCCCCCGGUAUACCGCUCUUUCCCAUUGGCUGUCUGGUAACAUCUAAGGUAGUUUUCUCUGUAAUGUAGACAAAUACUUGGCAUCAAAAUCUAAAAUGGUCUGAAGCUAGAAUUACAUUUUCUUUAAACUACCUCAAGACAGUGGAAGUAAGAUCAUGGGGAGCUUUCAGUCAAAAAGAAGUCCAGCUACACACUGCCUCUUCAAAUCAAUAUUACCUGUGCCUGGUCCAUAUUGCUUUGUUUUUGAAUUGUAAUAGCACUGAAAAUUAUAUCUAAUUUUGAAGUAAUUCUGUGGUGAGUAUAUCUCUCUUUACCUUGAUUUUAUAAUGUUGCUAUUUUGAAAAAAAAAGAAAAUUAGAAAAACAGCAAGUUAAUGGGCUUUUGUGAAGUUAAGUGUGCAUUCUUAUAUUUGAAUGGUUUGACUACUAAUGGCUUUCAAGGAUAAUUAUGUACUAUUGUACCUACAUUAGUGUUCAGUGAUACCAGUGAUAUCUGCAUUUCAACAUGCAGAGAAAAUAAAGCACUUCUAGCCAAACAGAUGACAAUGUAAAGAAUAUACGUUUGUUAUUAUUGAAUAUGCCACUUUUGGUAUUUUAGUCACACAUUAUAUAUUAUAACUAGAUUAUUUGUAUGUGGCAAUAAUGUCUGUAUCAGUGUUCAAAACAAUUCUAGCUGGGAGUGGGGUAGAAAAAAAACACUUCAUAUUGUGAUUUUGAGAUUUGAUAUAUAUUCCUUGACCAGUACUUACCAAUAAACAUGUUAACAUUUGA